AAAAGAUGCAGAAGACGAGAGUGUAAAUACAACAAGCAUGAUUUCAAUCGAGGAGUGGAGCCCAGACCAAGUGUCCACAUGGAUGAAGCAUAUUGGAUUUCCUCAAUAUGCACAGAGUUUUGUGGAAAAUGGAUUUUCUGGAUUAGAUCUCCUGGAAGUCACUGAUUCAGUUUUAGAGUGGCUUGGCAUUCGGGACCUCGCGGACCGGCUGUGUGUUUUGGAGCAACUUGAGGAGCUUCUUCAGAGCAGUGACCCUAGUGAAUGUCAGCACGAUGAGCAGCCAGUAGUGACACACGACAGCAGCCGCACAGGGAGUGUGGACCGUGCCCGAAGCUCCUCCUUCCAUGAGGUGGGUAGGUCACGGGAGCUGGAAAUGAGGGCGGCAGCCUCAGUUUCCGAGGAUACAUCAGGCAGCAGCGGUAGUGGCCAUACAGUUCUGCAGCGGCUCUUGCAGGAGCAAAUGCGCUAUGGCGACGGCCGAAAUUACCUUUCCCUGCAACAACAGCAACAACAGCAGCAGCAGCAAGGUCCAGUGAGUGGAUACCCGGGCCCUGGCAGCCCAGGGGACGAGCUCUCGAUGGUCCCUCACAUUGCGAGGCAGGAGCCUCAGGGCCAGGAGCUGCAGACAGACAGUGGCAUGGAGAAGCUCAGCACACGCACUGCAGGAGGAGGUGGCGGAGGCAGUGGAGGCAGUGGAAGCUGCUUGAGCGGACAAGGGCAGAAUCCCGAAGACCUACCCACCUAUGACCAAGCCAAGGUGCAGUCACAGUACUAUCGCGGUCAUCAGCCUCAACAACAGAUGCCCCCGUCAGUAGGUGCAGCAUUUUAUGUGACUGGCCUCAGCAACACUAAAGUGCGACCCCCAGAGGGCAGGCCCACGGUACAGAGGGUGAAUGGAAGCAAAGUUCACCAAGAUGACGGGCUCAAGGAUCUAAAGCAAGGCCAUGUACGUUCACUCAGUGAAAGACUAAUGCAGCUCUCUUUGGCCACCAGCGGGGUCAAGGCCCAUGCGCCUGUUACCAGUUCACCACUUUCCCCCCAGUUGCCUCCACCUGGACUUCCAGGAGACUAUUAUAAACCCUCUGGGCCCCAACACAGGGGUCCACCACCAGACUAUCCAUUUAAGGCAAUGCCCUCUCCACCCAAACAGCAGCAGCACCAGCAGCACCAUCAGCACCAGGAGCCUGGACACUUCUACCCAGACCACCGUGGCACAAGCCAGCCAGCCAGAGCUGACAUUCCUCACGUCCGGUACCAGCCACCACCAGAGUAUGGCUCUUUCCGGUCAAGUAAGGAGAGUUCAAGUCACUCUCAAAGGUCUGUCCAUCAUCAUAGCCCUUCAUCUUCUGUUACGUCAGGGGGCUCUCUCUCCCGUGCUCAGUCUUCCACUCUCAGCAGCAUCUUGGCUUCUUCCCACCAUCCUCCACAUAUGGGUCACCAGGGAGAGCCCUUCCCCAUGUGUGCUCGUAGCCCACAGGGGCCCGGUUCCCACCAAGGUGAUCCAUACGGCCCAGGUCCAGGUCACCCUCCCCAUCAACGCAGCCAUGUGUUCCCUCAUGAUCCUUACGGGUCAGCUCCCAGGGGCCUCCACAUGCACCAGCACCAGUACCACCAACAGGGCUCCCAGCAGCAGCAACAGAAUCCAGGACAACACUACUCACAUCCACACUCCAUGCAGGGGGACCCUUACGCCAUGCUGGCCCGCGCCCAGCAAAUGGUGGAUAUGCUGUCCGAAGAGAACCGCUUGCUUAAGCAAGAGCUGGAAGUGUGUGGGGAAAAGGUGUCCAAACUACAAAAGCUGGAGACUGAGAUCCAAAUGGUGUCUGAAGCCUAUGAAAACCUGGCCAAAUCAUCCACAAAGAGGGAAGCUCUUGAGAAGACCAUGAGAAAUAAGCUGGAGAUGGAGGUGCGCAGGGUACACGACUUCAACAGGGACCUAAGAGAGCGAAUGGAAACAGCCAACAAGCAGCUUGCAGCAAAAGACUGUGAGGGCACCGAGGACAAUCGCAAAACCAUCUCACAGCUUCUGACUCAGAAUAAAGAGAGUCAGAGAGAGAAGGAGAAGCUGGAUAUCGAGUUGAAUUCGCUUCGCUCCACCAACGAGGACCAGCGCAGGCACAUUGAGAUCCGUGACCAGGCCUUAAACAAUGCCCAAGCAAAAGUGGUGAAGCUGGAGGAGGAGCUGAAGAAAAAGCAGGUAUAUGUGGAGAAGGUGGAGCGGAUGCAGCAGGCUUUAGCACAGCUUCAGGCCGCGUGCGAGAAGAGAGAACAGCUGGAGCAUCGGCUACGCACUCGACUGGAGAGGGAGCUGGAAUCACUGCGAAUGCAACAGAGGCAUGGUGGUUCUCAGAACACAGUUGGUCCUGAGUUCAGCACAGCAGCUCUGAUGGAACACCUGAGAGAAAAAGAGGAGAGGAUUUUGGCCCUGGAGGCCGACAUGACCAAAUGGGAACAGAAAUACCUGGAGGAGAGCGUCAUGAGACAGUUUGCGCUGGACGCCGCUGCUUCUGUGGCCACACAAAGAGACACGUCCUCUGUCAUCAUCAGCCACUCCCCCAGCAGCAGCUACGACACUUCGGUGGAGGCACGUAUCCAGAAAGAAGAAGAGGAGAUCCUCAUGGCCAACCGCCGCUGCCUGGACAUGGAGAGCAGGAUCAAGAACCUGCACGCUCAGAUCAUAGAGAAGGACGCCAUGAUAAAGGUGCUGCAUCAGCGCUCGCGCAAAGAUCCGGCCAGCAAAUUAGACGCCCCGGCCAUGAGGCCCUCCAAGUCCCUCAUGUCCAUCGCUAUGGGCACGGGCAGCUCCAGCGGCUCCAGCGGCUCCGGGCUGCUGUCACACUCUCUGGGCCUCAGCGGGAGCAGCCCCAUCACGGAGGAACGCAGGGAAGACCGCAGCUGGAAGGGCAGUCUGGGUGUUCUGCUGGGCCCAGAGUUCAGAGGUGACUCUUUGAGGACAGGGUCCAUCUCCUCCUCUCCAUCUCCAGUCCUGCCCUCCACCCCGAUGCCAGCUGCCACACACUCAAAGACUGGCAGCAGAGACAGCUGCACUCAGACGGAGAAGGGUCAGGAGGCCAGCAAGCCGAGCACACCUGCCCUGCAGAGCGUUCCCGGACCCAGCCGGAUCAGCAGCCCGAGCCCCGUCUACAUACCCGACCGCAUCGCCGAUGUGCCAGUGUUUCACACCAAUACAUUAGAGAGGAGAGCGCCAGUGCAGUCGCUCCCGCCGCAGGACGUGGACAGCGAGAUGGUGGAAAUACUCAUCUGAUCACACACAUAUUGAUAAAGAAACAAAGCAGGUGAAGGAAUCCUUCCCUCCGUUACACUUUCAGAUCAAGAUGUCGAGACAGAUGUUUAGGAACAAACUCUUUACAAAAAUCGGCGAACAACAACAUUCACAAUCAACACUUUUUUGUACAGUAUUGUCUGGUGGAAUUUCCCCCCCUCCAGACCUUCGGACCAAAUAUGCUGCCAUAAUCUUUUACAUUUAUUGCACUACUUUCUUUGUUUUUACUUAUUUUUUUGGGUAUGCAAUUGUUAUGUUGUGUAUAUGUACUAAUAAUGUGGCACUUGAGUAUCUAGCAAAAUGGUGAGUUGCCGGACAGUUAUGUGUAAAUACUGCAUUGGAAUACUGUAAAUCUGAAUGUCGUAGGGCCUUUUUUAUUCUAGGACGCAAUGUCUGUACGGCACGUUCUGUACGGUUCACAGCGCACUGUUUAAGAGCAAUGGACCAACAAGCAUUCACCUGUGUGUCCAGAAGCUCAGAAGUAUGUGAAAGUAUGAGUGACCCAACUGGUUUUGGGUUUGUCUGUGUGAGAGUCUGUAGUUUUUCCAAUCAUAACUAAGGUCUAUCAUUCCAGUAGAGCUCCAGCAGCCACAAACGUGCCUUGGUUGAGAGGUACCACACACACACACACACUCCGGACUUCCAGGUCUGUCCUUUCAGUUUGGAAAUCCUCCAAACCUCUCGUUUCAAUGUGAUAGUUACUCCAAAUUCAUUUUUUGAUAGCUUUUUUUCCCAGUCUUGUGGUUGCAAGCAAACUCUUGACCAAAGGAAUCUGU